AUGAGGACAGCCCCAGAGGUUGAGGUUGAGCAGAGGAGGAAACGUCCCAGACCCCAAAACAGUCCGAACGUCUGGAGGAGGAAUCUGCAGCAGGAGAUGGAAGGGGCUGACAGCCAAGAAUAUGAGGCAGAAAGUAUCACGCCUAGCAGAGCUCAACCCAGAGCGAGAACCGAACAAGCACCCAGCCAGAGGCACCACUCCGGGUCAGGUAUGCCAAAUCCCACCCGAGCAAUAGUUAAACCUGAUAAUUCCCCUUUCUGUGAUGAGAUACUCUCGGAAAAAAUGGAAAAGAUAAAAAUGCCCACCUGCAAAUAUUCCGGAAAGUCAGACCCAACGAAUCACCUCUCUGCCUUUGGAGGACACAUGAUGCUAUAUACCAACACAGACUCUAUGUGGUGUAAGGUUUUCCCUUCCACUCUGGAGGGGAUAGCACAGAGCUGGUUCGGUAAAAUACCCAAGGGCACCAUAACCUCUUUCCGGCAGUUAGCCAUCUUGUUUCGCACCCAAUAUGUGGCAAACAUUGCCAGAGAAAGGAUGACAGGGGAGCUGAUGUCAGUCAUCCAAGGACCUCAGGAAUCUCUGAGGGAGUACAUAUCCAGAUUCAAUAUGGAGGCAUCGAAUAUACCCAAGUUACAGCAAGAGGUAGCAGUCCUGGCUAUGAUGACUGGUCUGCGGGAUGGAGAAUUCAAGAGUUAUCUGGGCAGAAAGUCAUUCACAACCCUGGCAGAGGUACUGGGGAAGGCAAAUGAAUUCAUAAAAAGUGAAGAGAUUGGCAGAGCAACCUCACGACGAUAUGUAGCAAGUGAGAACAAUUACGGUAGUCAGAGCAGAAAAGAGCCGUACAAAAAAGAAUACCCAGACAAAAGGGAAAAUCAGCAGCCCAGAAAAGAUUGGCACGGGCAGGUCAGAGGAAGGGGUAGUGAGUUCAAAACUGAAAAGCGAGGCAAAUUCAACGAAUACACUCCUCUGGUUGCAUCCAGAACCCAGAUUUUUGCUAUCAGCAAGGAGGAUGAGAAAUGA